CCAACCAACCAAAGUGAAAGCUCUUAGCAACUACUUCACCAUUCUCUUAUCUUCUUAGCGUUUCCAAAGAAAAGAUAGCGUCUUUGUGACUUGUGAGAGAGAAAGCCAUGGCUUUCCAUGCAGUAGCAGGCCUAGUAGCCACCACCAAGCCCAUCCCUUCUCCCUUAGCACCGCCAUCCGGCGUCCCUGCCGGCCUCCGUGCACUGCCGGACCGGUUUGCUCUCCGGUCAGCCUUCUGCUCUCCUUCUCUCCAACUCCUUCUGCCUGGUUCCCGUCCAGAUCCUGGCCGUUUCUCUAUGCGCUUCGUUGCUGCAAAACAAGCUUACAUUUGCCGGGAUUGCGGAUAUAUCUACAAUGAGAGGACUCCAUUUGAGAAAUUACCUGAUAAUUACUUCUGCCCAGUUUGUGGUGCCCGGAAAAGGAGGUUUCGGGCUUACCAACCUGCAGUGGCAAAGAAUGCAAAUGACACAGAUGUUCGCAAGGCUCGGAAGGCACAAUUGAAGAAGGAUGAGACUGUUGGGCAAGCGUUGCCCAUUGCCAUUGUGGUUGGAGUUGCAGCAUUGGCUGGCUUAUACUUUUAUCUUAAUAGUGUUUACUAGUUAGCUAGUUUGAGCUAUAGACUCUCAAAGCUUUCUUAUAUUAUCCAUGUUUUCAAAUGGUUGGAUUAUCACACUGGAGAAUCCCAUUGCUCUAUUACUUGUAAUCUCAAGGAGACUGCAUUUAAACUGUAAUUACUUUCAGUUUUGAUGUAGAUUUAUUAGCAUUGAGUGAUAUCUACAUGAUCCCCCUGUUUAUAUACAUAGAAGUGUUUGUGAUUAUCUGACUGGAGAAUUCAUUGUUCUGUUACUUUUGAUGUCUAGUGGAUUCAACGGCAUUGUGUGA